CAGAGAAGCAGCAACGAAUCUCUCUCUCUCUCUCUCUCUCUCUCUCUCUCUCUCUCAUUACAAGGAUGAUGAUGAUUAAAGAACAAACCUUUGUCUCUGUCCUUUUUAUUGUCCUCUUCCUCGUAACUCUCCCUUUGUCCAUGUUCGCUGCACCUCCGUCGUCUGACUCAAUCUACGAAUCAUUCGUUCAAUGUUUCUCCGACAAGACGAAAUCCCCACAAACCCAAAUCACUGACAAUGUCUUCUCUCAAACAAACCCUUCUUACUCCUCCGUCCUCCGUGCUUACAUCCGCAAUGCGAGAUUCAACACUUCCUCUACUCCCAAACCCACCAUCAUCGUCACGCCUCGCUCCGAGAGCCACGUCAGCGCCGCCGUCGUUUGCUCAAAAUCCUUAAACUUCCUCGUCAAAAUCCGAAGCGGCGGCCAUGAUUACGAAGGUCUCUCUUACAUCUCUGAUAAACCCUUUUUCAUCCUCGACAUGUCGAAUCUUCGUGACGUCUCCGUCGACAUCGCCGAUCAGUCUGCGUGGAUCUCCGCCGGAGCCACUCUCGGAGAAGUUUAUUACGGGAUUUGGCAGAAAAGCAAAGUCCAUGGCUUUCCCGCCGGAGUUUGUCCCACGGUUGGUGUCGGUGGGCAUUUAAGCGGCGCUGGUUACGGUAACAUGGUGAGAAAAUUUGGGUUAUCUGUGGAUUACGUUGAGGAUGCUAAGCUCGUAGAUGUCAAAGGUCAGAUUUUGGAUCGGAAAGCGAUGGGUGAGGAUCUUUUCUGGGCUAUCUCCGGUGGAGGAGGAGGUAGCUUCGGAGUUGUAUUGGGAUACAAGGUCAAGCUCGUUCCUGUACCAGAAACUGUUACGGUGUUUAGAGUGGAGCAGUAUAUGGAUUCAGGAGCUGUGGAUAUGGUUUAUAAAUGGCAAUCCGUGGGUCCGAAGACAGAUCCGAGUCUGUUUAUGAGGAUGCUGAUUCAACCAGUGACGAGGAAGAAGGUGAAGACUGUGAGAGCUACAGUGGUUGCUCUGUUCUUAGGCAGAGCAGACGAAGUUGUUGCGUUGCUUGCUAAGGAGUUUCCUGAAUUGGGAUUGAAGAAGGAGAGUUGUCAGGAGAUGACUUGGAUUCAAUCUGUUUUAUGGUGGGAUAACGAUGAGAAUGCAACUAAGACUAAUCCUAAGGUGCUUCUUGAUCGGGAACUCGAUACUGCGAGUUUCGGGAAGAGGAAAUCGGAUUAUGUUGCGAGUGAGAUUCCUAGAGAUGGGAUUAAGUCUUUGUUCAAGAAGAUGAUCGAGUUGGGGAAAAUAGGGCUUGUUUUUAACCCGUAUGGUGGGAAAAUGGCUGAGGUUGCGGUUGACGCCACGCCGUUUCCGCAUCGAAAGAAGCUUUUCAAGAUUCAGUACUCUGUGAACUGGAAAGAAAACUCUGCGGCGAUAGAGAAGGGUUUCUUGAAUCAGGCUAAGGUUCUUUACAGUUUCAUGACCGGGUUUGUGAGCAAGAACCCUAGAAACGCUUACUUGAACUACCGGGAUGUAGAUAUCGGUGUGAACGAUCAUGGUGCUGAUAGUUACAAGGAAGGAGAGGUGUAUGGAAGGAAGUAUUUCGGUGAGAACUUUGAUCGAUUAGUGAAGAUUAAAACCGCGGUUGAUCCAGAGAAUUUCUUCAGGAAUGAACAGAGUAUACCUACCUUGCCUAGUAAGGCACAGUGAUAACAAAAUUGAGUUUUUUUUUUUUAUAUUAAAAAGGUUUGAUUUUGAAUAAGCCAAUAAUGUUUAGUGAUGAAGAAUAUGAUGAUUUGGAAUAUUGUAUACUAUUUAUUGUUUUCACGGAACUCUAUUUUAAGAUUCUUUGUUCCUGAUGUGAAAAGCUUUUAAAAGGGGGUUGGUGGUAUUGAUGAUAAACACAGAAAUUAUAAAACCGUUGAUUGUUGGAUGUA